AUCUAUAAAAGCUAAAACCCUAGUUAAAGCACCAAUUUAGCAGCUGAAGGCUCAAGUUGAUUUUGAAAAACGAGACAGAGGAGAGCCUAAGCCGCUCUGCAGAAAAAGAUAGUAAAGAUGUCUGUUGGUGUAAACACAGAAACCCUAGUGAGAGUUGAGGAGAUACAAGGAAGAGGAAGAGGGCUUGUAUCCACUCAGCCCUUAAGAGGUGGCCAAAUCGUCCUCAUAGAUUCUCCAAUCCUCCUCUAUUCUGCACUCCCUUUAACCAAACAGCAACACUCAACCUUCCUUUACUGUGACAAAUGCUUCAAAACUAUACAAUCAGCAUCAGUAUCUUGUCCCACCUGCUCUCACCAGCGUUUCUGUAGCCCCACUUGCCUUUCCGCUGCUCUGGCAUCUUCUCACACUCCUUGGGUCUGCCAAUCUCUUAGCCGCCUCCGCGACUGCCAAGAUUUUCUACAGCAUCAUUCUGUGGAACGACAAAUCCAAGCUCAAUUCCUCGUUGCUGCUUACAAUCUUGCAUUCGUUUCACCUUCGGAUUUUCAAAUUUUGCUGUCGCUGCAAGGCCGCGCUGAAGAUGAAGAUCCAGCUAUUGUCCAGUCUCUGCAUUCUGUAAUCUCAUCUCUUUGUCCUCCUCCACCAAUUGAGGGGUUCUCUUUUAGCUUGGAACUUAUUGCGGCUUUGGUUGCGAAAGACAGAUUUAAUGCUUUCGGAUUAAUGGAGCCUUUGAAUCUUAAUGAAGAGAAUGGUGGGCAAAGAUCGGUGAGGGCUUACGGUAUUUAUCCUAAGGCAUCUCUUUUUAAUCACGAUUGCCUUCCAAAUGCUUGUAGGUUUGAUUAUGUUGAUACGAAUAAUAGUGGGAACACUGAUAUUGUUGUUAGAAUGAUUCAUGAUGUUCCGCAAGGAAGGGAGAUUUGUUUGAGUUAUUUUCCUGUAAACAGUAAUUACUCCACUAGACGGAAAAGAUUGCUUGAGGACUAUGGAUUUACCUGUGACUGUGAUCGUUGUAAGGUCGAAGCUACUUGGUCUGAUGACGAGGGUGAUGGUGAUGAUAAUGAUAAUGAGGUGAUGGAGGAGGAUGUCGAUGAGCCAAUGGAGGCCGAAUCUGAUGGUGAAGAAAUCGGCAAUGAUAAUAGCACUGACUUUCCUCAUGCCUAUUUCUUUUUGAGAUACAUGUGUAAUCGAAAUAAUUGCUGGGGUACACUGGCUCCUUUUCCUCCUUCUGAUGCUAAGCCAUCAAAUUUAUUGGAGUGCAAUGCCUGUGGUGAUAUCAAGAAUGAUGAGGUUUGUUGAUGCUGGUGGGGGUGCGAGCCUGGCUUUACUUGAAUCAUUAACCUCUUGAACUCUCUAUCUUGCUGCUUGCCAAUUACUACUCAGGCCGUCACUGCAGUUUAUUGUUUUGGAUUGGUGGCACUAUCCUGGUACUAGGUGCUGAAUUUAGAAUUCAGAAUUCAGAAUUGAUAAAUGAUGUCAAAGAUGACAGGAAUUUAAUGGCGGAAAAUGCAAGUAUUAUACAUCCAUGCACAUUUUGAGGUUUCUCUUUUCAAUCCUUGCCAGCCACACGCACGCAAUUCUUGUGGAAAAGAACUGAAAGAUUAGUGAAUCUUUUGUUAGAAUGAAUGGCACAGUAGUUUUCAUUUCUGUGAAGCUAUGCUAUUAUGUUUAGUGCAAAUGCAUGCUGCAAGUUUUCUAUGGUUUUGUAUCGACUUAUGAUUCAAGCGUUCUCUUUGCAUAAAUGCUUGAGCAUGCAAAAUUUGCUGGUUUGCAGAGAUGGCUGUUCCUUAUCAUGA